UUCAUUCAUAAGAAUCAAGAAGAACGAACCAUGGAGAUUAUUGCCAUGCUUGGUUACUCAGUUCUGUCCGUAGCCAUAUUCUUCAUAUUCAACCUUCUCAUUCAAUCUAGAAGCUUCAAGAACCUCCCACCGGGUCCACCCUCUCUUCCCAUAAUAGGAAACCUCCACCACCUCAAGAAACCCCUCCACCGCCACUUCCAAGGCCUCUCUGAGAAAUACGGUGACGUCUUCUCCCUCUGGUUUGGAUCCCGUCUCGUUGUCGUCGUUUCCUCCCCAACCGUCGUCCAAGAGUGCUUCACCAAAAACGACGUCGUUUUAGCAAACCGCCCUCGCUUCCUCUCCGGAAAAUACAUCUUCUACAAUUACACCACCGUUGGAUCCAGCGAAUACGGAGAGCACUGGCGCAACCUCCGCCGCAUCACCUCCCUCGACGUCCUCUCCAACCACCGCCUCAACUCGUUCUCCCCGAUCCGAAGGGACGAAACCACCAGACUCAUCCGGAAACUCUCUGAGGACUCUACCGAGAACUUCGCCAAAGUGGAACUGUCGUCCAAGUUCUACGACAUGACGUUUAACAACAUCAUGAGGAUGAUCUCUGGGAAGAGGUACUACGGCGAGGACUGUGAUAUGGCGGACGUGGAGGAGGCGAAGCAGUUCAGGCAGAUGAUUUCGGAGGUUCUGCAACUGUCCGGGGCUAACAACAAAACCGAUUUCAUUCCGUUGCUUGGGAUGCUUGACGUUGACAACUUGAAGAAGAGGCUGGUGACCAUUAGUGGUAGGACUGAUAAGUUCUUGAACGGUCUUCUUCAGGAGCAUCGCACCAAGAAUCAGCACCAAAACACCAUGAUUGACCAUCUUCUUAGCCUCCAAGACUCCCAGCCUGACUACUAUACCGAUCAAAUCAUCAAGGGACUUGGCUUGGCCAUGCUUCUGGCUGGAACGGACUCCUCUGCUGUGACUCUGGAAUGGAGUAUGUGCAACUUGUUAAACCAUCCGGAGGCGUUGAACAGAGUAAGAGAAGAACUGGACACUCACGUUGGUCAAGAUCGCAUAGUAGACGAAUCCGACAUUCCAAAAUUCACUUACCUUAGAAAUGUUAUCAAUGAGACGCUUCGUUUAUACACACCAGCACCCUUGCUGCUACCCCACUCCUCUGCCGAAAAGUGUACUAUAGGAGGCUACAACAUCCCAAAAGACACCAUAGUCCUUAUCAACGGUUGGGCCAUUCACCGGGACCCCAAGAACUGGGAUGAAGCAACGAGCUUCAAGCCGGAAAGGUUCGAAAGAAAAGGGGAGUUGGAAAAGUUGAUUGCGUUUGGGUUGGGGAGAAGGGCGUGCCCUGGUGAAGGGUUGGCUCUUAGGGCAAUAAGCUUGACCAUUGCUCUUUUGGUUCAGUGUUUUGAUUGGAAGUGCGUUGGUGAUGAAAAAAUUGAUAUGACUGAGACCGAUGGCUUCACUUUAACUAAGAAGGUUCCAUUGGUGGCUUUGUGUAAAACACGACCAGUUAUCAACCAGCUUAUUAAGCCCUAAAUUUUAUGCAUAGAAAGUUUUCUUUUUCCAUGCCCCUGUAUACGACCUCGUACUCAAAUAAGUGAAUGUAUAAAGGGUCGUGGUCUUUACAACCAUAUUAUU